AUGCCGCGGACACGCUCAGGUGCCCAAACUUCUCAACCUUCUCAACCGCUACACCCUAUCUCCGAGAGCAAAUCAAAGUCAAAAGCUAAAAAAAAACGAUCACAACCGGACCUUUCACCUACGACUGACCAAAUCAUGCCGGAUCCUGUCUCGAACGUUGGAAAGAAGCGUGGCACUAGAUCUCGUGGCACUCGACCUGAAGGAACCACUACCUCAAUCACUUCGCAAGGUGGAGCUCCACCAACUCCUGACGCCACCCAGACACAAGCAACCACCUUGACUCGAACUCGACAUGCACCCCACUCUGACACGGACUCUGAUUCACAUCCUGUGGAAGAUGUGUAUCAACCAGACGACGAUUCCUCAGACUCAAAUUCUGACUCACACUCAUCUACGGAGAACAACGCCCCACACCAGCCAUCCAAGUCUCGAAAGUCAGCUCGGCAACGCCGCCACAAACGGGCUCGCAUCGAUGGAAACUCACAAUCCAUUCUGCUGGCUGACAAUACUGAAGACCACCUAAAUGAUAAUGACGAUGCUGAUUUUAUAGCCCGGCUCGAGUGCAUCUAUCCCAUCAAAGAUCUAAUCCCGACAAACAUCGUUCUCAUAUUCUUCCCACUUUAG